GUGGAACGUUGUAAACGGGAUAUUUCGCGUGCGAAGAGUUGGUGAGGCAGCCUAUUAGCCAACUAAAGUAGUAUGUGACGCGUGUAAUUGCAAUUCCUGAUAAAUUUAGCUACACUUUUAAAACAGUUUAUCGUGGCACGUUUAGAUAGCAUGCUAAGUUAGCUUCAGGCUUUAAACUUGCUGGAACGACAUUCACUGGCUAGCUGUCGCUAUCCAAACGUGUCAUAUUCCGUCCUGUUAUAGAUUGCUCCUCUGUAAUAUAGACAUAGUCAAACGUAUAGCCUACUAACACUGAUCAUAUAAAACCUCCAAGUCGAGUGUAAAUAUGUUGACAUACAGCAACUGAACCCACCCACCUGCGAGCACGAGAACCAAUCUGCAUUGAGUGGCUAAAGUCCACAUUUUCUCCUGCUGCGACAAAUUAUUUUGGAAUUGUUGCCAUUAUGUUGCAUAUUGCUACAAAUGUUGCAACUUGUAUAUUUGACGGUCGCUCAAGAAAUCAGUGAGACUUUGCUGUUGGCCUCUUCAAUUGGACUUUACUCUACUGGACCCAACAUCAUGCCACACAGUUGAAGAAAGCAGGCCAUACCAGUUAUUUUAGGGCUAACAGACUUACAAUUUUUAAGUCUUCACCCUGCAUAGCAUCAAAUGUGUCUAGGUAUUAUUAACAUGAGUCCGUUACGCCUUGCUGUUUUAUGGUUGAGUAUGUUUGCGUUACCAUCGGCACUGACGGAGACCCCUUCCUAUGUCGCCGCUGUGUACGAGCACCUGGUUGUGCUAAACCCGAACCCUAGAGUUGCACUGGGAAGGCGCGCAGCCUUGGAACACAUGCAGAAGAAUCUCGUCGUGUUUGAGGAGCAAGCUGCAUUGGCAGCUCGGCAGGGUGCUCAGAUCUUGGUGUUCCCAGAAGAUGCUAUACAGGGCUUCAACUUCACCAGAGCAUCCAUCGCGGGUUAUUUGGAGGCGGUGCCUGAUCCAACUGUAGUGAUAUGGAAUCCAUGCUCAGAGCGAGAUCGCUUCCCUGAUACCGAGGUGCUCCAGCGCCUCAGCUGCAUGGCUCGGAAGAACAGCCUCUACCUGGUGGCCAACAUGGCCGCCGUCCAGGUGUGCAACUCAACCGCGGACGCCCACUGCCCCCCAGACGGGCGCUACCAGUUCAACACCAACGUGGUGUUCGCCUCAGACGGAAGCCUCGUGGCCCGCUAUCGCAAGCAGAACCUGUACUUCGAGGCCGCCUUCGACAAACCGCCUCAGAUGGAGCUCGUGACCUUCUCCACGCCCUUCGCCGGACGCUUCGGGGUGUUCACCUGCUUCGACAUCCUGUUCCGCGAGCCGGCCGUGGCCCUGGUGGAGGAUCUGGGGGUGCGGCAGCUGGUGUACCCCACCGCGUGGAUGAACCAGCUCCCGCUGCUCGCUGCCGUGCAGUUCCAGCGCUCCUUCUCCCACGCCGCCGCGGUCACCGUCCUCGCCGCCAACGUGCGGGCGCUCGGCCUGGGCAUGACUGGCAGCGGCAUCUUCACCCCCUGGCAGGAGGUGCACCAGCACGACAUGGUGGGGGAGACCGGGCGCUUGCUGGUGAGCAGGGUGCCCGUGCUCGAUCCCGACAGGAUGGCACGUGGCGGCGAGAGCACGAGGCUGGCAUGGCUGCCGUUCUCCGGGCAUCGCAAGCGAGAGCCUGGACUGGGCGAGGCAGGAGAUGCCCACGGCUGGCCCCGAGAGGCUUGGCAUUCGGUUGACGAUAGCACGCCUCGCGGCCCGGCAACAGAGUAUUGCUCGCCCGUCUUCGAGCACUGCCCUGUGGGGCCAGCGUAUGAGACGCCUGUGGUGUUCCACUCCAUCAUGAUGUAUGACAACUUCACUCUAGUGCCCCUACAGGACACGAAAGGGAACCUGACUGUGUGCGACGGCUCGCUGUGCUGCCACCUGCUGUUCAAGAGGGCCACUGCGCCCAGCACAGAGCUCUAUGCUCUGGGGGCUUUUCAGGGCCUACAUGUGGUCCACGGCACCUACUAUCUGGAGGUGUGUGCUCUGGUGAAGUGCACAGGCCCAGACUUUGCAAGCUGUGGAGGCGAGACCGAGCACGCUCAAACCCAGAUAGACUUCCGGCUGGAAGGGAACUUCAGCUCUCGUCACGUCUUCCCGGGAAUACUGGGAAACGGGAUGGUGCUGGACAUCCCGGAUGAGUCCGGGAAAAAGAGCGACGGCUGGGUGUAUAUGAGGCGGUCAGGAAUGACUGCGGGGCUGGUGACAGCCACCUUGUACAGUCGAGUCUAUGAGAAAGACAACAGCUGAGUUGUUGGUCUCAAAACACCUUGGCAACCGACUAAUAAAUAAACAAUACAUCUCCGUAAACAAAGCAACAGCAUCCAAGGGCAGUCGUACACUAAAGCCACCACAAGCUGAAAAGGCCUUAGAGAUGAACAGGAAAGCCAUGUGCCGUAGAAAAACAGUGCUGAACUCGAUGAUGUCAAUUCCAAUGAACUCAACAAUGUUGAUAAGUGAAGCCCAUCGUCUCGUAACGACAUUGUUAAAACGGCAACUACAUUUAAAGUUGGCAUGAAGUGAAUAAAAAAG